UUUUAUUUAUUUUUUCGUAAUCCGAACGCCCUGCCGCCCAUUGAAAUGAAAUGAAAAAUCGCACAAGACCGGAAAAGUGCCAAGUUAAAUGUUCGCAGUGUGCUGUGCGUGCGAAUGGGAGCGAUAAUUAAAAAAUGAAAUCGCAGGCGACGCCGAAAUAAAAAACAAAAAAGACGUUGCAGCAACAACGUGCGUGCGUGUGUGCGAGUGUGUGUGUGCCUGUGUGUGCGUUGGUAUAUGUGAAGAGCAAGGAGAGCGAGUAAGAGGGCAAUAGGAGGCAGAAGAGGAAGAAGCAGUGGAAAAGAGAACGAAGAAAGGUGGGGAAAACGAAAAAGGCGAACGAAAAACGCACACGAAAAUGAAAAUUGUUGUAUGAAAAAGCAGGGAAAGUCAACGAUCUUUUUUGCCAAUUUUACCUUUUUGGCUGGAUAUCAAUAUCACGAAAUGUGUAAUUUCUUUUAUGAAAUGCGAGUGUGCCUGCAUGUUUUCCUCAAAUCGAAAAUGUGACAGUUAAUCUAUUUUUUUUUAAGUGCAAAUCAAGUGCUGAUUUUUUUAAUGUGUGCCUAAGCUGGUUAAUUAAAUUUUACUUUUGAAAAUCCUGAAAAUAGCAGCCGCUUCAAAAGCCAGAACUUUGAAAAGUCGAAGCUGAAUUUUCCCCGAUUUUCCCGAUUUUCCGUUUCCCGCGAAUCUGCAAGCCGCGCUGCCGGCGUCGCUGCCGCUGCCGACGUCGCCGAUCCCGUUUCACGCGUCGCCGCUUCGUCUCGCCGUCUCGCUCGUUGCCCCCAACCCGCCACCCCCCCUCUCUCUCUGCCCCGCCCCCUCCUCCCCACUAAACACAAAAAAAAACACACUGAGAGGGAGAGAGAGAGAAAGCCAAGCCAGGCCAGGCCAAAAAACGUCAUCAAGCGGCAACAACAACAACAAAAACAUCAGCGGCGGCAACAACAGCACCAAUAACAACAACUACAACAACAACCAAACGCAUUUCAUUGCCAAGAGAAAAACGAAAAACGGUCAACGACAUUGCAACAACAACAAUAGGAGCAACAACAUUGCAACAUUAUUGGCCAAGAGCAACAACAACAAAACAGCAAUAAACGAGAGACUGCAACAACAUCCACAUCAACAACAACUGUAACAACAACAACAACAACAAGAAGCGUACCAACAAAUAGGAAAAUGCCCAAAUGCGAUGUGAAAACGCGCUACAUUCCUGCGACUUUCGCCUGGAUGGUACUGCUUUUGACCACAUGUCUCUUCUUCUUCUAUCCCUGCCAGUACUACGUGAAGAGCCAUCCAUGGGUGCUGGCCUACCAGGGCGUGAUCACAUUCUUCGUGCUGGCCAACUUCACGCUGGCCACCUUCAUGGACCCGGGCAUCAUCCCCAAAGCCUCGCCCGACGAAGACUGCGAGGAGGAGCUGCGCGCCCCGCUCUACAAGAAUGCCGAGAUCAACGGCAUCACCGUCAAGAUGAAGUGGUGCGUCACCUGUAAGUUCUACCGCCCGCCACGCUGCUCCCACUGCUCCGUCUGCAACCACUGCAUAGAGACCUUCGAUCAUCACUGUCCGUGGGUCAACAACUGCAUCGGCAGGCGGAACUACAGGUUCUUUUUCUUCUUCCUGGUAUCGCUAUCCAUUCACAUGCUGAGCAUCUUCUCGCUGUGCCUGGUCUACGUGCUGAAGAUAAUGCCCAACAUCAGGGACACGGCGCCCAUUGUCGCCAUGAUCCUGAUGGGCCUGGUGACCAUUUUGGCCAUCCCCAUUUUCGGUCUGACCGGCUUCCACAUGGUUCUGGUGUCACGGGGUCGGACGACCAACGAACAGGUGACGGGAAAGUUCAAAGGUGGCUACAAUCCGUUCUCGCGCGGCUGCUGGCACAACUGCUGCUACACACAGUUCGGACCCCAGUAUCCCAGCUUACUGAACCCGAAGAAGUACGCCUCGCGGAGGUCGCAGGUGCAGAACCAGGCGAUCAGCACCAUUUGCAACGACAGGAGCGGACAGCAGACGGGCGCCGGGGGCGGGGCCGGCGGCAAUGGGACCGCCGCAGCGGUGGGCGGCGGAGCGGUGGGCAGCGGGGGAGGCGGGGGCGGUAUGCGCGGCACUGCGGUGCAGUACUCACCACGCUCCUUCUACGACGCGACCCGCGAGAAGCGCGGAAUUCAGGUAAAGACUUAUAUGGCCGAGGGCAAUGGUUAUAAUCAACGGUCGGGCAGCACAACGCUUUACAGUAAGCUUUCGCCGGGACGGGAGUGCUCCGACACGGACCUGGAGCCCCCGCCGGCCUCCCAGAGCCAGGACUGCGAGCCCACGCCCCCGCUGCAGCGCCACAACUCCAGCAGCUUCUACCUGCCGCAGGUGAGCGAUGCCGGCGGUCUGAACGGCAGCGUUUCCACGGGCGGCGGCGGAGGAGGAGGGGGCGGAGGCGGGGACUCACCGCGCCACAUGCGUCUCUACCAUCCGCGUCACAGUCCGCACGCGAGGCCCAGGGGUCUGGAUCCGCAGCGGGGCUAUACGAGUGAUGCCCUAUCGCCGGACCAUCCCGUGGGCUAUGGCGUCGGCGUCAACGGACCGCAGCAACAGCAGCAGCAGCAACAACAACAGGCACUGGCGGCGGCAGCGGCGGCGGCGGCGGUGGCAGCACAAAAUCAACGCAGCGCAACUACCACGGCCACGCCCACCAUGCAGCAGCGGAUCAAGCCGCUGGGCGUGGCCACGCCCCUGGUGAUGGCGAGUCCAGUGCGAAGAUCUAACCCGGGCACGCCCACCCAGCCGAGACGCCCCGAUUUCAUCGGACUGAACGCCCAGGCGGUGGCGCAGCAGCAGCAGCAGCAACAGCAACAACAGGCAGCGGCAGCAGCGGCCUACUACGAGUACACCAGCGGUCUGCCGCCGCAGCAUCCGCAGGCGCCCAGCAUCCAGCAGCAGCAGCAGCAACUGCUCCUCCAGCAGCAGCGCGUCCUCAUGCAGCACCAGCAACAGCAGCAGGCCCUGCAGCAGCAGCAGCAGCAACAGGCAGCGGUGCAUGCCGCCCAUCCGCAGCACGCUGCUUUGGCGCAGGCGGCCUACGGCGGCAGUCCGCAGCGGCGCUUCCUCUCCGAGGGCGAACUGGUGCGCCAGGGUGCCGGCGGAGGCGUGGCCGGCGGCGAGCUGUCCUACGCGCGCUCCAACAACACGGUGGAUAACAUACGAGAGCUGGCCGGCAGUCCGCAGCGAGGCGUUUACAUGUGGAAGGACACGUCGCCGGGCUUCACCAGCUCCGUUGGACAACAACAACAGCAGCAGCAGCAGCAGCUGGGACAGCAGGUGGUCAGCAGUGGUAUUGGCAGCAGUGCGGGCACGCUGUCCAGCAGUGGAGCCGCCGCCGUCGGUGUGAUGCCGCAUGCCCAGUACAUGCAGGCGGGCGGUGGAGCCCAUCCGCUGAUAAUGACGCACUCGCGACUCCAGGACUAUGCCAUCCAGCAGCAACAGCAGCAACAACAGGCGGCGGCAGCAGCGGCGGCAGCAGCCUCAUAUCAUCGCUCCAAUCCGACUAGUCCCACCACCAUGCCACAGGUGUCCGGAGCCGGCCAGAGCUAUAUAGUGCGCUAUGGAGGCGGCGGAGCGGCUGGAGCCGGCGGCAGCAGUGGCAGCUUGGCCAGCGUGACGGCCACCAAUCCAGCCAGCGGAGGGGGAGGCUAUCAGCCGGCACUGCGCGGCGGAGUGGCCGUGUUUCCGCCCAAUCCGCUGGGCAAUCCUCAGACGCAGCCCUCGCCACAGAUCAAGCGAAAACAAACGCCCACGCGGCCCAUGAGCUUUGUGCGUGCGCUGGAAAUGACCGACUCCAUGGAGAUGCAAUCGCUGGAGCAGCAGCAGAACGGCGGAAUUCCCGGCAGCGGAUCGGUGGGAAACAAUCAGCAGGCUGGAGGAGGCGGCGGCGGCGGAGGUGGUGGUGGUGGACACCUGAUGCAGAGCAACGCCUCCAAUUCGGGCACUCCGGAUAGAGCCAGCAUCUACGACAUGAACUACGAGAUCUCCGUAUAACCCGUGGUGGUGCCCGUGCUCCUGAUGCCGCCACCCGCCAGCCAAGCUCCGGGCGCAGCAGUGGCUGCUCCAGCUGCUGCAGCUGCUCCAGUUGCCAUGGCCAGCGCUCCAAUGCAGCCACAGGGGCAGUUUUACAAUGCCCAACUGGAGCCGGCUGCCUAUGCAUGCGUUCCUGUCCUGCCCUUGAAACCGAUAAGCAAUGGAAUAGGAACCAAUAGCCAUCAGCACCACCAUCAUCAUCACCAGCAGCAGCAACAGCAGCAUCACCAACAUCCGCACCAGAACAUCCAAAACCAAAACCGAAACCAGAACCAGAACAAACGAAAAUUUUCAACCUUCUUUUAGAGGGGGAGACUAGCAUGUUUUUUUAAUUUUUUUUUUUUAUAACGAAUGAUUUGAAAGAGCGCUAUAUAGAGAGAUGUAUCUAAACCCAGAGCUAUUUACACCAGAUGUGUGUGUAUAUAAGUUGCACUGCUGUUGUAGCUAUCUCUAAACUAUAAGUAAUUUUAUUAUGUAAUUUUUAUGCUUGUUAUUAUGAUUAUUUUUUAAAGCACUUUGGAAGACCAUUUACAUGAUCGGAUUUCAAAAGAAAUUAUUUAUACUUUUAAUGCUUUUUAUACAUACAUAUGAUCGAAACCGAGAAAAUAGAGUGGAGAUGAAGAGAAUAUGAGAUAAAUUGAAUUACGGGCAAGAGGAAAAAUACAGUGCGUUUCAUGAGGGGGAAACCCCCAAAGCAUGGGCAAUGCCACGCACUGUGUUCGUCCUGCCGAUCUGCUAAAUCUAUUAUACAUAUAGUACACACAUAUAUGGAAACCUUUUGCAAUCAACUUGAAAAUCGCCAAAAUUUGUACGUCUUUGUCUGUGUGUGUGUGCCCGUCUGUCUGUCUGUGCAUGUAUGUGUUUAACAUUAGUCUUUAUAAAUUUAUAUCUAUUUAUGCCAUAUAAUGUAUAUAGGAUGUGCUACGUCAGGGCCCAGGUGCAGAGAACUUUGUCAUUUGUGUACAUAGGUGAAGAAGUUGGAGGGAGACGGAGGAGGAGGAACCGAUUUGUGCUUAGAAUACAGAGAGAGAUUAUAUGAUGUGGUGGCGAAUUUAGAGGGUCCAGGGACCCCAGAUCUGGACGGAUGUUGUAUUUCUUUGCUACGGGUUGUGCGAAGCAACUCCUAAUCCACGAAAAAUCUGUAAAUAGAACCCCGUUUUGUAAGAACUACCUCCCUCCUCUCCAUUAUUCCUCAGUCCAGUGAAGCGAAAGGUCAAAUCGCGACAGUGCAGGGACAGUGCGUUUCGGGGCCGUAUAAUCGCAAUACCUAUUUAUUCAGCAACCUAAGGUUUCAUUCGAAGUCAUGCUAUAAGUUAAACGCACCUUAUUUCUCGCUCAGGAUAUUGAUUAGAAGCAAAUGUCAUUUUCACUUUCACAAACACCACCCCCCUUACAGCCCCGAAACGCACUGUCCCCCGGUUCGUUACACACUCCCAGUAGAGUUUUAUAUUUUUUUCUUCCCAUCAUUUACUUAGAAUUCGUAAGAGAGAGAGCCCUAAUCUGGAACCGCGAUUUUCGGUCCGUGUAACUUGAAUGUCGUCCAAUUUAAAUCAGUUAUGAUUUUCCUGUACAUAGGUGUAAUAACGAAUAACGCAUGAGAAUUCAUCGGUUCGAGACUACCAACUACGUACGACGCCUGCUUGCCUCUAUAGGCACCCCAACUUUGUUGUUAUGUUUUUAAGUGAACUUAGCUUUUAUACCGAUCCCCCGAAUGUGUGUGUGUUCUUAGAUCAAUUCAAAGGCAUGUUUCAGUUCGAUUUCUUGGCUCGUUUGGUUAAUACGAAAGGCAAAUGGCAAAUUUCUAGCGAUAAUAUCUGUAAGAAAGUUAGCUAUACACACGACACUCACGCGAUCGAUCGAGAGAAGGAGAGAGAAUUAUACAUGUGUAAGGCGAUCCAUCCCGCAUCAGACCCUCUUCCCAGCCCCAUAGAUCAUGAGAAUUUGCAAGGAUCAAAACUUGUAUAGACUAUGCAAUGAGGUGGGCGACCUAGGUUUCUGGGGCGGCGAUUUUCGCCUCUAAAUUCGAUUUCUUCCACAAGUAUUAUUUGGUUAUUUUUAUCCAUAUUUUUACUAGGAUUUCCAAUUAUCGAAUAUUAACUUCCAGUUACAGAGAUUUUGGUGAACAUAUUGCUGCCCCGGCCACGUAUUUCGCACGCCUUAUAUUACGGAUCAAGAGUAUAUAUUAUACACACGUAUAUUUAAGCGUUUUUUGCUAACACAUUAAUUCAUGAAUUUGCAACAAUAUUUAAUAUAAAUACCGAAAUGCAUAUACAAACAACAAAAAAAAAAAGAACAAAAAACAAAAGAAAAAUCGAGAAAAACAAAAGUGUAAUGUAAAAUGUAACGAGAAAGUAAAAAACAAACGGAAGAAAUUGUUUUAGAUUUUUAUACCAAAUUUAAUUAAUGUAAAACCACGAAUUGUUUAUUUUUUGUAUACCCCGUAACCCCCGCCAGAAUGAGAGAAAUCCCAGCCAGAGAAAUCCUCGAGUUCUAAAUUGUUUUUUUUUGUAUUGAAUACUUAUGUAAUUUGUAAAUUAUAUGACAAGUAAUCAAAUAGCAAGCAUAAACAGCAAGGCAAUUAAUAAACAAUACAAAUAAAAAUG